AAGACUGGACAGCUCUGGGGGGGGGGGGCGUGCUGAGUGUGAGUGGGCGGUGUUGUAGGACGGCUGCUUUCCACCACGGAAAACUGCUAAACACGUGAAAGUAUUAAAAACAGGGCCGUGUGGUUAUUCCCGUCUCAUGGUGAAGAACCGUGGGGUUCCAGGGAGUCACACAGCUUGCACAGGGCUCCCGGUCCAGUGCCCGCUCCCCCAGCCCAGAGGUCCGCCUCCUCCGGCCCAGCAGCUGCUGCGGGGCCUCUCCCCAGCAGGCGGCCAUGGGGCGGGGCUCCUUAUCCCGUCCUCACUCUGCUUUCCGGUCCCAAGCACCUGCUGUGAUUUCUGCUGAGUGCCGAGUGCUAGCCUGGAGCGGACAGAGCGCCGGCCCGAGUCCAGGGAGGGAGCCAGGGGCUCCCCUAGUACCUGGGUCUUUGCAGGGCUUGGGCGCCGGUGUGACGCUGGGGGAGCAUCCUCGCCCCGCUCUUACCCUUACAAAGGGGGGCGUAGAGGGGGGCGUGCGCGGGGAAGGCCGGACAGCCCGCCGGAGCGGUGCCCACUGGUGCGGGAGUCUGGGUGUGCAGGUUGUGGAGGACCCGUGAAAGGGCUGGCGGGGCGGGGCAGGGUGGGGCGGGGCGGAGAGCAGGGGCGGCUCCCGAGGCAGGCUCCGCCCCAGGGCGCGGGUUUAAAAGCUGGAAGGAGGCCCCUCAGGAAAGGCUCGCAGCUCAGCGGGAGCGCAGCGACGGUGCGGCGCAGCCUGGGCACAGCCAUGGCCCUGCGGGCGCGGGGCGCCCGGCGGCUGGGCAGCAUCCUGCUCUUCGCUUUGCUCGCUGCCAGCGCUGCCUCCUUCAGCUGGGAUCUCCCCGAGCCCCGCAGCCGGGCCAGCAAAACCCGAGUGCACCCGAGAGGCAACCUCUGGGCCACCGGUCACUUCAUGGGCAAGAAGAGUGUGAAACCCCCCAGCCCACCCCUGCUGGGGACGGCCCCCCACAUCUCCCCGAGGGACCAGAGACCGCAGCUGAGUCACGAUCUGCUCAGGAGCCUCCUGCUGAGGAAAGCUCUGGGCACGCGCCCCGGCGGCCCACCGCCGCACACCCAGGUGAGCCGCAAUGUGUGUUCCCUUUCAGUACAGGAGGCUGCUGGUGCGAAUGCUGCAGAAGUGAUGCCGUUAGUGAGGAAGAUGCAACCACACGGCUUAGAUUGUGCCCAUGCAGGGAAGGUGCUGAAUGGGACCCUGGCAGUGGCCUCCCCUGGCUGUAAACCCUGGGCUCAAAUCUCCAUUACUCCACUACUGUGACGUCUGGUCGCGUCACCAGGAACAUCGCCAGUGCAGACACAGAGUAUAUUCCUGCUGUAUUUCCUGCUUCCCUGUCGAAGUGGUGAAUAAAAAGGCUGCUCUUUACACAGAA